AUGUACGUGGGCUACAUUUCCAUCGGUACUCCAUCACAACGCUUCAAAACUAUUUUUGAUACUGGCUCCUCAGCAUUAUGGGUACCAAAGGAAGGAUGUCGGUCUCAAGGGCCACUUGUUGAAUAUUGUGCUUCUGGUAGAGAGUUGUACGAUCCAGUGGCUUCUCGUACUCAUCAAGAAACUAAUCAAGCGUUUGGUAUUACUUAUAGUACUGGAAGUGUCAAAGGGCACUGGUAUAAGGAUGUCUUUGCUGUAAGUGAGAGAAGGUGAAGCCAGAGCUAGAACUAAAGCUAGAGCUAGCGCUAAAGCAAGAAUAUAGUACGUAUUUUCAGUUUGGUGACCCAAAAAACUCUCAACUCAAGUUCAAAAAGCUGGUACAAUUUGGAGCUGGUGAACAAAUGACUUUCAGCGAUAUCUCCAUUCUAGGCUUACCAUCAAUGGAAACACAUGAUGACAUGUCAAUAUUCCAUGAAGCUGUCAGAGAAGGCCUUAUGGACGAGCCUAUUUUCACAACGUACUUGGCAAAGUGUGCUCAAACACAAUGUGAAAACGGCGGUGUAAUCACAUUCGGCAAGGAAGAUACACUGAAUUGUGGAGACGUUAUUGACUGGGUUGAUGUGUGGCCGGAAAUCUUGUCAAUCAAAUGA